UCCCUCUCUUCUCCACUAUGGACAGAGCCACCGCGGAGCGGCUGCCUGUCCGCCACAGACCCGGCUGACAUGGGCACCGUCGGAGCAACGCCGCUGUGCUGGGCCAUCCUUGGCUUCCUCCUACUCCAAGGCCACCACUCCCAGCCCACGACAAUGCAGACAUCUCGCCCUCAGGGAGCCUUCAGCCAUCAAAGUCUAACCACAGAGCCACUUUCUUCCAACAUAGGAGACAGCCCUUCCUCAGAGCCCAGCAGCCCAAGCCCUCUGGCUAGCACUGGAAGCCCAGCAGCUCCAGAGAAGGCCUCACAGGUCCUCAUGGUAGCCAGGAAACCUGUGACACCGAGCACCAGCACUGUGGAUGGUCACUCCCAGUCCCCGCUGGGCCUGACUCAGUCCCAGACACAGAAGUACACAGCAGGACUUCACACUUCUCAAAAUAUUACUCCCAUAUCAACCACCAUGAGCCUGAGGCCAAGAGAAGACUCUUCCAUCCUGCCCAGCCCCACAUCAGAGACCGUGCUCACUGUGGCUGCAUUUGGUGUUAUCAGCUUCAUUGUCAUCCUGGUGGUUGUGGUGAUCGUCCUAGUCAGUGUGGUCAGUCUAAGGUUUAAGUGUCGGAAGAACAAAGAGUCUGAAGAUCCCCAGAAACCUGGGAGUCCGGGGCUAUCUGAAAGCUGCUCUACAGCCAAUGGAGAGAAAGACAGCAUCACCCUGAUCUCCAUGAAGAAUAUCAACAUGAAUAACAGCAAAGGAUGCCCCACAGCAGAGAAGGUUCUUUAGAAGCAAUGUUGGGUCCCCAUGGGUCAAAGGAUGACGCAGCUGCCCUGUGUCUAUAAAGAGGAAGGCGAUGGAAGUGGUAGAGGCACGAACCACAUAUAAAUUAUUUUAUUAUUUCACACUUACUCCAAGAUCUAAAAGGACACUGGCAUUCCUCCAGAUCUAGGAGCAAGCUGCCAGUAUGAGAGACUCUUUCCCAUAUGGGCAGCCACUCUGGAAACACAGCCUGCUCCUCCCACCUGCUCUCCGUCACAGGAAGGGAGAGUCUGGAGAGCAAGAGCAAGGAAAAUGACAAAGUGGAGUGGCCUUUGCUACUUUGCAUUAAAAUUAUUUUCUGGCCGACGGUCUAAUUUCUUUUAAGGUCUGUGCUCUCGUGCGUGUUUGUUAACAGUGCUCCAGUAGCUGUGGGCAAGGUAUGGACCCAAGUUUCUGCCCUUGUAGGGAGCUCUCCGAGCAACCUGCGAGGUAGACUGAACAUUUUGUCAGGUCUGCCUCAGUUCCCCUGGAUUAUUAAGGAGGAAUGAGGUCCUGAGGGACUAAUCGCUUCAAGAGAGGAGAGAGAAAGGGAGCUGGAAACAGUGACCAAUCGUCACCAGUAAGGACGUGUUGAACCUGGAGAGUGAGAACAUGAGAGGCACAGCGCAUUCUGACUAGGGAAGUCCAGCAGGGAGAGCUGAGUAAUAUGAGGGCAGAUGUCCUCUCCCUGCCCUGGGGUAGGUCUGUGACUUCAUAAGUCAAAACCCACCCCCUUUACCCCAUGCAGCUGUAAUGUUUGUGUCCUAGAAAGAGAAUAAAGGGUGACAAACACUCUUAAAUCUCUUAAAGGGAAGGAGGAAAAGCAGUUACCCAUUUUCUUAGAAAUCUCCACCAUGACACUGGUUUGGAAAUGAAUCUUGGUUGGGGAAAAUUCAGUGGAAGAGUCACCUGUGUGUGUCUGCACAGAGGGGUUAACUUUAUGAAUAUCUGCUAGUUGGCAGUUCAGAUUACAAGGAGCUUACACAUUCUGAACAACGUGA